AUCUUAAUUAGUUAGAACUUUCAAGAGAUUCUCCAUUUUACACCGUCUCUGCGAUUUGUAAUCAGCAGAUACAACGAUAAUGAGUAGAGGAGAAAAUUUAGACUCCAUCCCGACUGAUCUCAUUCUCGAGAUAUUCUCGAGAUUGUCCGCAAAGUCCAUCGGGAGGUGUCGUUGCGUGUCGAAGCUAUGGAAGUCCAUGCUUGGCCGCCCAAAUUUCACCGAGUUGUUCUUAACCAGGUCCUCAGAUCAUCCACGUCUCUUAUUUGGGGUCAAAAGAGAGGGUGAGUGGCUCUUCUUCUCGUCGCCUCAGUGUCAAAAUAUUUUUGGGAAGUCAUCUCUUUUAGUAACCGCCGAUUUUCAUAUGAAGUUCUCUCAAGACCUAGGCAGAACCAAUUGUAGCUAUGUUUCUGGUUUGAUCUAUUUCCCUAGUAUGCAGAUGUGUGAAUUCCGUGUGAUAUGUAACCCUAUCACGGGAAAAUAUGCGAUCUUACAACGGAUAACGUACAAAGAGGUGAGAAGCUUCUUAGGGUUUGAUCCGAUUGACAAGCAAUUCAAGGUAUUGCGCAUUAACCAUAAAUAUUAUAAGAAUGGAUACGUUCACCAUAUUCUGACAUUAGGACCUGGAAAAAUGAGGUGGAGGAAGAUCCACUGUCCCUUAGCCCAUGUGCCUUUUCGGGAAGAAAUAUGCGUCAAUGGGGUUUUGUAUUACUUAGCUCACCCAACUGAUCAUGGAGCGUAUGUGAUAUGUUGCUUUGAUGUUAGGUCUGAGAAAUUCAAAUUUAUUGAUACAAAUUGCUUUUGUGGUUUGCCUGAAUUGAUAAGGUACAAGGGUAAAUUAGGUGCGAUUAUUUGGAAGUAUGAUACCGUCAGUGGAAGGUGUACCGUUGAGUUGUGUAUGUGGGUUCUAGAGGAUGUCGAGAAACAGGAAUGGUCCAAAUAUGUCCACCCUUUGCCGGAGAAUUCCUACUACUAUUCCGUUGCUGGAGUGACAGCUAAAGGUGAUAUUGUUUUUGUCAAGAAGUUAACAUCUAAACCGUUUUAUGUUUUCUACGUUAAUCCCGAAAGAAAAACUUUCCAACGCGUUGAAAUCCAUGGUAACCAUGAAGUGUUUGAUAGUAAGAAUCUAGUUUACGCCUUCGUAGACCAUGUAGAGGAUCUUAAGUUUGAUGUUAUGAAGAAAACUUAUGCUGCGACUUAUAUAAGCCCACCAGAACAGAAGCCAAAACCCACAUGCACAGAAACAUCAUCUAGAGAAGAUCAUCAAGGGUGGACAUCAACAUCGUCUAAAAAAGAUCAUCAAGUGAGGACCAUUGCUUACCAGCAACAAUUUCGUCCUACGUUUGAGAGCAUUAACAAAUUUAAUGCUCUGUAUCUUGAUGAUGAUGAUGAAAUUACUGUUGCUCAACCGCAACAAGAUCUUCGUACUCUUGGGGGCAUUAGCAAAUUUAAAGCUCAGCGUCUUUUAGAUGAUGAUGAAUUUACAGGUGUCAAAACCAGUAAGUGCGACACUUCUCCUUUACAGAACAGAAUAACGGCGGUCCAUGAGCUUCAUGUUUGGUCGAUCACCGUCGACAAAGUUUCUUUAGCUUCACAUGUUAGGAUCAACUACCCCGAGGUAGACACAAACGCGGUUAUUGACAAGGUGAUUAAGUGUAUUAAGAGAGAGCAUAAAAUCAAUCAUGUAACUAUUCAAGUAGAAUAGGAACAGAACCCUUAGAUUCUGAGUCUGUAAAAUGUGAAUCUUGAAGAAGACGUUUUUAUUCAAAA